AUGGGAAUCUGGUUACUCUCCUCCCACCCGACAUUCUCUUUAUCGGAAACCGAAUCGAAGGAAGCUUUCGGGUUGCCGAAAAUCUACUUCAACGAGCCCCAACUCAGAUCGUCGGAGAUUUCUCCAUUGUUGUCAAAGGCGGCGUUGUUCCAUACCUGCAGAUCGGCUGAAGGAUCAAUGGCUUCUGGAAUUCGAAGCACACUCAUUUUUUUUGGGUCUUUUCGCGUAAUGGAUAGAAUGUACAGAAAAAAUACCUUUUUUGUGAAGAGUCCAAACCCAUCUAUCUUCUUGUUGAGGGUUAAGCGAGGUCGCUCCAUGUGGCCGCUGGAUUGA